AUGUGCUCCCACGUCCAAUGCCACGAUGAUGAGCUCCGUGCCGAAAGAGUGCAAAGAUCUCAAAGGACGCAAAGCGCCGACGCCGGCGACAAAAGAACCCGGAAGAAAAAGGGCCAGAAGAGGCGAGAAAGUAGUCCCGACUUUGACUCCAAGAUUGAAAAGAUCGACACCAAGAGCACCAAGAAGCGCAAACGUUAA